AAUUGAAUUAAUUCAUUCUACAAAUCACACAGCAGUAACAACUUCAACUGGAUUGCAUUAUUACCCUACAUUACAGAAUCUAAGGAAUCAUGGACAUAUUAGAGCCAAAUCCAAGAUAUAAAAAAUCUUCUCUGGCAACCGUAAGUCAUUAUGUUGAUAAAGUGACAUUUUUUAAGGGAGUUGUUGCCAAAUAUUUCUUUAUUCAGGACUAGUUUAGCUUCACAAACAUAUCUUGACAAAUACUAUCUGCCUUUUUAAAUCAAUCCCAACCCUGUAUCUCUAAAUAUUAAACUUAAAAUAUUUUAUAUUCUAUUUGUUAUAUUACAUAUUCCUUCUAUUUUAAAGGAACGGAAAAUGUAUUUUAAUUUUGUAUCUCUGGUACUGGUGAAGCAGACGAGGGUUCGGAAUUCUAAGCUGGAGUCCGGCAAAACAUCAUGUUUGCAUAUUUAUAUUUCCGUUUAAAAUUGUAUUUACAGCAAAUGCACAUCGGCUGAUACUGUAACAGUAAUAAUAAUACUAAUAAGAAGUAAUUACUAUUAUUAUUAUAAAAAGUUUUCACGUUGGCCUUUGUGCUUGUUGGCAUUAUAUUAGCCCCCAUUUCCCCAAUUAAAGAGAUGUGGCAUUGCCACCUUUAGCUAAUAAGCAGAUGAGUUAUUUCAAGCUUACAAUGUUGAUGGGAGAGUUUGAGAGAUUCUUAUAAUUGGCUAAAGUAAAGUCAGUUCUUGUAUGAUGGUUAAUAAGUCAAUUAUAAAGGAUGGAUAUGAUGCACUGGGAACCACUAAUGCCAGAAACCUACAGCAAUCACUGAGAUAUAGCAGAUGGCAGUAAAUGUAUACUAAAAUGGUCAGCUGGCAAGUGACAAGGUAUGGAAAAAAGACAGCACGGAACAUCAAGGCAAGGCAUGGGCAGCAUAGAACAACUGGCUAUGGUUGGCAUAAGGAGCAGAACUAAGGAGAGAACGAUCACACAUGAGAUUCAGUUUAAUUAGUGAUUUGUUUUUUAUCCACAGUUUGAGAUUCAUAGAACCUCAUUCUGAACAGUCACUCACUAAUAUGACCCGAGUACACACCAUGCUGCUUUCUUUGCCAAUACCAGUUAUAUGAAUGAACACGACACAGGACAAUGCACAUUUAGAUAUACAUACAUGCGUUGGGCAUUUAAAAAGUGAGAGGCAGACCAAGAAGAAAAUGGAGCAUGGUAACAUUACUCUGAACAAGCGACGGGAGAGAAACAUUUUGAGGGAUAAGUGAAAAGCACACAGCGUGCAAACGAUCACUGUAGGAGGAGGUAAAAUUAAAGCUCAGUUCUAAAUCUUAUUACCGGUGUAAGAAGUGUCGUGAUCCCAGAUAUUCAAUAUAUUUAUGGUAAUCUGUGUGCAGAGAAUGCAUAGAUGUUAUUUGCGUGAAUGAUAAUUGAUCUGCAAGCACAGAACACAAUGUCAGAGAAUAAUAAAUAUUGCAAGUAGGAGAUUACUAAAUCCCAAACGCCUGGAAUUUCCAAAAGUGGUUUGAAACUUUGUCAGGAACAACUACUUGAAAGGGACCAGCAUUAGGCAAGUCCCCAACAGGUUCAAAUAUAUCAUCACAUCCUACAUUUCACAUCCUUCACAUCAUCAAAGCACUUCUUCAUUUUAUACUGUGGGAAUGGAGUAAGCUACUGCCAUAGCACAGUUUUCAUUGUCUUUUAUGGUUGACAUAUGCAGUGCUUCAAAGUCACUCCCUAUGCCUUCGGUUCUUCUUCAUCUGUGCAUGGAGACGGGUUGAGCGGGAGCAGCGACUAUUAAUGACUGUGAAUAAAUAGAUAAGGUUUGACCUCUGUGCAAUAGGAAGUGUGAUCACAUAUAUUCAAAAGGUUUGCUGUAAUGCCAAAAUUUAAAGAUUUCAGAUCGGAGAGAAAGCACGCUAUUCACUGAAGGGCAUCGCGGUUUCAAAGGCUCCAUCAAAGACCGUUUAUGGUAGGAAAUUGUAUGCUAAGUGAAACUAGGUAUAAGGCCUCAGUAGACAAGCCUCACCCGUCCAACUACUCCUUUUAGAAGAGAGUUGCACAAUGCACUGCUCUCCAUUGUGGCAUUGAAAUUGAAAGGAAAAUGUAUAAAUCAAUACAUGUUGUGGUCUAUGACACGCAGCAUAUAAUUACAGAUCUCUAUAUUAAUAAAUAAAUACAUUAAAAUGGGGAGUCACCUGGGAUCACUGUAAUACUAGGUGAGACCUAGCAAACAGCAUUUUCCUUCCACUCUGACAUAUGAGCAGGGCCUAAGUUCUUCCUCCACCCCUUGGGCUGGGGUGCCUAUUUUUCCAGCCUCAAGUUGGGUCAGGAGAUACCUAUAUGCAGGACCUCUAUAGGGCCAGGGGCGGAUCCAGAGCCUGAUCUUGGGAGGGGCAAUUGUAGAUUAUUUAAAGAAAUAAUCCAGGCACAAUAACCACUACAGCUCUGUGUAGUGGUUAUGGUGCCAUGAGCUCAGAGACCCCCUCCCAGAGUAAGUAGUCAAACUGUUUAAGAACAGUUUGGCAACUUAUCAGGGUUUGCUGUUAUCUGGGGCUGUAGUAGGGCAUAGGAGCAGUGCUGUGUGUGUGAGUGGCGCAAUGUGUGAGGGGUGAAGUUUGUGUGUGGGGUGUAGUGUGUGAGUGGUGCAGUAUAGGUGUGUGAGGAGGACAGUGUGUGAGUGGUGCAGUGUGUGUGUGAAGGUUACAGUGUGUGUGUGUGUGUGAGUGGUGCAGUGUGUGUAGCUUGCACUGUAUCCGUGUGUGUGUGAAGGGGGCGAUGUGUGUAGGGUGGCAGUGGGGAGUGUAGUGUGUGAGUGGUGCAGUGUGUUUGUGUGGGGGGCAAUGUGUGUUUGGUGGGGCAAUGUAUGUGUAUGAGGCAGUUUGUGUGAGUGAGGGGUACAGUGUGUGGGGGUAAGGGGUGCAGUGUGUGUGAUGGGUGCAGUUUGUGUGUAUGAAGGGCAUUGUUUGUGUGAGGGGUGCAGUUUGUGUGUAUGGGGGGCAGUGUUUGUGUUAGGGGUGCAGUAUGUGUGUAUGGGGGGCAGUGUUUGUGUGAGGGGGGGCAGUAUGUGUGUAUGGGGGGCAGUGUUUGUGUGUAUGGGGGGAAGCGUUUGUGUGAGGGGUGCAGUUUAUGUGUGUGUUGGGCAAUGUGUGUAUGGGGCAGUGUGUCAAUGUAUAGGGUGUUAUUGUGUGUGGGGAGGAAAGCAGAUCAAAGCAAAUGUAACUUUUUUUAAAUGUUCUUUUAAAAAAAUAAUUUUUUUAAUGAAAAAUAAAAAUAAAUGUAUUGUAUAUUGUACAGUUGCAAGAAAAAGUAUGUGAACCCUUUGGAAUGAUAUGGAUUUCUGCACAAAUUGGUCAUAGAAUGUGAUCUGAUCAUCUAAGUCACAACAAUAGACAAUCACAGUCUGCUUAAACUAAUAACACACAAAGAAUGAAAUGUUGCCAUGUUUUUAUUGAACACACCAUGUAAACAUUCAUAGUGCAGGUGGAAAAAGUAUGUGAACCCCUAGAUUAAUGACAUCUCCAAGAGCUAAUUGGAGUGAGAUGUCAGCCAACUGGAGUCCAAUCAAUGAGAUGAGAUUGGAGGGGUUGGUUACAGCUGCCCUGCCCUAUAAAAACACACAAACCAGUUCUGGGUUUGCUUUUCACAAGAAGCAUUGCCUGAUGUGAAUGAUGCCUCACAAAAAAUAGCUCUCAGAAGACCUACGAUUAAGAAUUGUUGACUUGCAUAAAGCUGGAAAGGGUUAUAAAAGUAUCUCCAAAAGCCUUGCUGUUCAUCAGUCCACGGCAAGACAAAUUGUCUAUAAAUGGAGAAAGUUCAACACUGCUGCUACUCUCCCUAGGAGUGGCCGUCCUGUAAAGAUGACUGCAAGGGCACAGCGCAGACUGCUCAAUGAGGUGAAGAAGAAUCCUAGAGCUAAAGACUUACAAAAGUCACUGGCAAAUGCUAACAUCCCUGUUAGCGAAUCUACAAGACGUAAAACACUAAACAAGAAUGGAUUUCAUGGGAGGAUACCACAGAGGAAACCACUGCUGACCAAACAAAACAUUGUUGCACGUUUACAGUUUGCACAAGAGCACCUGGAUGUUCCACAGCAGUACUGGCAAAAUAUUCUGUGGACAGAUGAAACCAUCUGCUCAAAGGGUCACACCUUCGGUCAGGUCACUCCUACGAAUCUUGGAUACGUUUGGACACAAUAAUCGAUAUUCUAGACAGCACUAACGAUUCAGGAGUCCCAUUUCUGGCCCUGUCAUUGGUCGCAGAGAAGGCCUUUCAUAGGGUCAGGUGGGACUUCUUGAUAGCAUCUAUGAAGGCUUUUGGUUUCGGUGGAUGGCUAAUGGAUGCUGUAAUGGUCUUAUAUUCCUACCCAAGAGCUAGAACUAUAGGAAGAGAUAUAAUAUCUGACUGGUUUAAAAUAAGCAACGGGACGAAACAGGGAUGCCCUCUCUCGCCGCUGCUUUAUUUGUUAUAUAUAUCGAACCUCUAGCCUGUGAAAUUAGGGAAAACCUAAAGAUUAAAGGAGUCAGAAUAGAUCAAGAAGAUUAUAAAUUAUCACUAUAUGCGGACGAUGUCCUAAUUUCCAUUACAGACCCUGUACCAUCAUUGGAUGAAUUGAUGAAAGUUAUAACUGAAUUUGGAAAUUACUUCAAUCUCAAGUUAAAUGUAGAUAAAACAACUAUAUUAGCAAAAAAUCUAAGUAAGGAAGAUAGUGGGAAGAUUGGGAAUAAAUAUGACUUCGCUUGGGCUAAGAAACACUUUCACUAUCUAGGUAUUAAAAUAACAAGUAACCCAAAUAAAAUCAUAGAGAACAAUAUUCUCCCUAUGAUGAAACAAAUAAAUAAACAACUUAAAGACUUAAGAACUGCAGAGAUAUCAUGGAUUGGGAGAAUAAAUGUUAUAAAAUCAUACUUAAUGCCCAAAUGGAGCUAUAUAUUCCGCAUGAUACCUCUUAAAAUUCCAAAACCAUGGCUUACAAUGAUACAGACAGCUUUUGCGAAGUAUAUAGGGCUGAAAAAAAAAACGAGGGUGAAUAAAAAAAUACUGAAUAUGAAUUCCAAAAAGGGUGGGUUGGGGGUCCCAGAUAUUCUAGAGACAUAUGAGACAUGCGCAUUGGCUCAUUUAAUUAUAUCAUUAAAGGAGAGCUCUGCAGAGGAAGCCUGGGCAAAAAUAGAAGCUACAAGACUGGGAUCUCCAGACUUAUUAGCUAUAUUUUGGAGUUUACAAAAGAGAAAUAACAUAAAUAUAGACCUAAUUAUGGAUAAUUUAUUAUUGCAGUGGAAAAAUUUGAAAAAGAGACUUAAGAUACUGGAUAAAAUAAUUACGGAUAUACCUCUCAACAUUUUGACAGUCAAUAUAGAAGAUUUAAAUAUAAAAACCUGGACAUCUAAUGGUAUUAAUAAUAUAGAGCAAAUAAUGCAACAGAAUCAAAUUAUGUCUUUUGAGGAUAUUAGGCAGUUAUUUUCUCUCCCCUAUAGAGAGAAUUUUACAUAUUUAAGGAUAAAGCAUUUUAUACACAAACAUAGGGUCAUAGAGUCAUCUGAAGGAUUACAUAUAUUCAUGAAUCUAAUUAAUUCUAAAAGUAAUAAAAAUUUGGUAUCACAUUGUGCUAAAUUAUAUAAAUGAUAUAAAUCAAGCCCAAUAUUUCCAGCCCUUGUAUCUUGGGAAAAAGACCUACAGGUUACCAUUACAAGAAAUGAGUGGAUAAAUGCAAAUAAUGCCGUAACUAAGGCUAUUCAUUGUUUAAAUUCAAUUGAAAGUCAUUACAAGAUCAUUAAUAGAUGGCAUUAUGUUCCCACUAAAUUGGCAAAAAUGUACCCAUCCUCUCAAUAUAAAUGUUGGAGAUACGGCUCAUAUAGAGCAGACUAUGUCCUGGUGGUCUUGCCCAAAUCUAAGUCAACUAUGGAAUAAAGUAGGAAAAUUUUGUCAAGAGGUGAUAAAAGUAAAUCUUGACUUUACCUGGUCUUUUGUACUACAUCUGGGUUGGCCUAGAAUUUAAGAAGUAAAAAAGAUAUAAUGAUUCACAUCUUAACGGAGACUAAAGCAACAUUAGCGAGAUAUUGGAAAUUAUCCGAUUCCCCCUCUUGGGAUAUGAUAAAAUAUCAGGUCCUGAACCAUUGCAAAAUGGAGAUUGGAAUCCUGAGACAAGAUAAUUAUACUAACUCUAGAAUAGAACAAUGGGAGGAAUGGGUAAAAAAAUUAAGCCCUACAUAAGGAAAAUAAUAGUAUCUAUUAUGUGAUCUUAGCACAGUAUGUAUAUCGGACAUUACUGUUAAAUACAAGUAGUGAAAAAGGGAAAAAAGAAAAGAAGAAAAAGGAAAGGGGAAAGAGAGAAAGGGGAAGAGGAGAAAAAGGAAAAAAGAAAGGGAAAAAUUUCUUUUUUUUUCUUUUUUGAGACGAACUAAAGAUGAUGAACUCAGUAUGACAAAUAACCAAUGAACAUAGAGACAGAUUAGAAAAAUGUCUUAAUAAUCUUACAUCUUAGAGAGCUAACACUGUUGAUAUGUUCAUAAGGUUGUAAUUUUUCUAUAUUUUGCAUUUCUAUAUAAAGCCGUUUUUUGGCUAUUUAUGGCGUAAACCUUAUUAAAAAAAGGAGAAAAGAAAAGAGAGAAAGUAGCAGAAAAGGGAAAAUAAAAGGGGAAAAUAUCAAGCCCUACAGUAAGGCACUAUAUGUCAGGAUUUAUAGAUCUCGGCACAGUACGACUUUAUGUUUGUUUUUAUGUUUACAUGGUUUGUCAUAGACGGUGAAUAGCUAUAUAAGGCUCUUCUAAGUCGAAGUGAAGACACUAAAUUUGGUAUGUCGUCUAAUUUAUAAAUAAGGUGAUAAUUAAGGGUAAUAAAUUAAAAUUUGGUAUCUUAGAGUGCUAGAACUGUCUGAAUGUAUUUAUUGUCCUAUUGUCUUCUGUUUACUUUUUUAAUUUAACCCCUUAAAUCCGCAGGGCGUACUAUUACGCCCUGCAGGAGCCGGCUCUAAACGCCGGCGGGCGUAAUAGUACGCCCUCACUUUAAUGGCCGCCCACGUGGCCGGCGCUAUUCGCCCGCUGCAGAUCGCGGUCGGGGGGGAUGCCCGGCCCCCCAGGCAACCCCCCCUGUGGCCGGUGACCGCGAUCUGCAGUCACUGAUCGCAGUGACAGGCUGUCACUGCGAUCAGUAUUUAACGUGUGUCAGCCGAUUUCAAAUCGGCUGACACACGUGGCCGGCGGCUUUCUGCAAUCGCGGUCGGGGGACUUACCUGGCCCCCCAGGCAGUCCCCCUGGGGUCAGUGACCGCGAUCUGCUAGCUCUGAGAUCGCAGUGACAGGCUGUCACUGCGAUCUCAGAGCGCUCUGAUCGCAGUGACAGCCUGUCACUGCGAUCAGUGUUACAUGUGUCAGCCUAUUGGCUGACACAUGUAACUGGCACAAGAUCCCCCUGCAGAUUGGAAGGGGGGGGUGCUUGUACCACCCAGGCACUCCCCCCUGUGGCCAAUUACCCAAUCUGCAGGAGGUGAUCACAGUGACAGGCAGUCACUGUGAUCACUGAUCCUGUGUGUCAGCCAGUGAUGUAAAAUCACUGGCUGACACUGUCUCUGCCCCCUGUCCUGUAAAAAUAAAUAAAAUAUUAGUAAAAAAAAAAAAAAUUACAGUUAAAUAUAAAAUAUACUUAGAUCAUAUAUAUUAUAUAUAUAUAUGAUCUAAGUAUAUAUAUAUAUAUAUACACACACACACACACACACACAUUUACACAUACACAAAGUGUAUUUAAAUAUUAAUAUAUAUAAUUAUUUAUAUAUAUAUUACUAUCAAAUUACACGUAGACUAAUACUGAUUAAAUAUAUAUAUAUAUAUAAUUAUUGUUAUAUAUAUAUAUUUAUAUAUAAUAUAAAAAAAUGUAAAUACGUAAAAAAAAUAAAAUUACAAAAAUAAUUAAAAAUAAAUAAUAAAAAAUUAUAUAGAUGUUUGUUAUUUCGUUCUAACUGUAUUGUGAUAUUAAUAUAUAUAUAUUUAUAUCAAAAUACACGUAGAACGAAAUAAUAUAUAUAUCUAUAUACAUAAAUAUAUACAUAUAUAUCACUAAAUAUAUACACCUAUAUAUAAAUAAAAAUAUUUAAAAAAAUUAUAUAUAUAUAUGUAUAUAUACACAUAUGUAUAUAUAUACAUAUAUUAAUUCUACACAUAUAUUUAUGUAAUAUUUUUACAUAAUUAGGUAUCCUAAUUAAUUACAAUUAGCGGGACCUGCCUGACAACCCAUGCCGAAAGUAUAGGGAAUUUAAUUUGCUAGCACUAUAUUUAACCCUAUAACUUUCCAAGACACCAUAAAACCUGUAAAUUGGGGGGUACUGUUUUACUCGGGAGACUUCGCUGAACACAAAUAUUAGUGUUUCAAAACAGUAAAAUGUAUUACAACAAUGAUAUCGCCAGUAAAAGUGAAGUUUUUUGCAUUUUUCACGCACAAACAGCACUUACACGGAUGAUAUUAUUGCUGCAAUACUUUUUACUGUUUUGAAACACAAAUAUUUGUGUUCAGCGAAGUCUCCCGAGUACAACAGUACCCCUCAUGUACAGGUUUUAUGGUGUUUUCAAAAGUUACAGCGUCAAAUAUAAGGCUUGUGUUUCAUUUUUUCACAUUAAAAUUCGCCAGAUUGGUUACGUUGCCUUUGAGACCCUAUGGUAGCCCAAGAAUGAAAAUUACCCCUAUGAUGGCAUACCAUUUGCAAUAGUAGACAACCCAAGGUAUUGCAAACAGGGUAUGUCCAGUCUUUUUUAGUAGCCACUUAGUCACAAACACUGGCCAAAAUUGGCGUUUUUUUGCAUUUUUCACACAAACAGAUACUAACGCUAACUUUGGCCAGUGUUUGUGACCAAAUGGCUACUAAAAAAGACUGGACAUACCCCAUUUGCAAUACCUUGGGUUGUCUACUAUUGCAAAUGGUAUGCCAUUAUGGGUGUAAAUUUCAUUCCCGGGCUACUAUACAGUCUCAAAGGCAACUAACCAAUCUGGCGAAUUUCAAUUUCAAAUGUAACGUGCUAUAUUUGACCCUGUAACUUCCCAAAACGCCAUAAAACCUGUACAUAGGGGUACUGUUUUACACGUGAGACUUUGCUGAAUACAAAUAUGUGUAUUUUAUUGCAGUAAAAGCAAACAGUAUUAUGACACUGACCGUUAAAAUGUCAUGUAGAACUAAAAAAAUCAAAAAAAUCUUAUUUUCUCCCAUUUUUUUCAUAUUAAAUUAUGUUUCAUAGCUAAAUAUUUGAUAUUAAAUGAAAGCCCUGUUUCCCCUGAAUAAAAUGAUAUAUAAUAAGGGUGGGUGCAUUUACUAUGAAAGAGGUGUAUUACGGUUGGACAGACAUGUAGCGCAAAUGCCAGGUUUUGUUUACAUUUUGUUUCGUUCACACUGUGUACAUUUGGCUCCGUCCUUAAGGGGUUAAGUCUUUUAUUGUCUAUUGUGAUACAUUUUCAAAAAUAAUAAAUAAUGAAUUGUUAAAAAAAAUAAAAAAAUUGCAUCUACACAGGCCAACUCCCAGAAUUGCAUUUUAUGCUAGACUCUUCCUAGUGGUUACUUAUAGAAUUACAACUCAUACUAAAAAUAAAAUGGUGACAGAUCCAGAGUUAAAUCACACCUCAUACCUCCUCUCACUCCAACACUGUGUCCUUGAACUCAGGAAACAUAAUGUCUUCUGCUUUACCUGUAGCCAUUAAAAUAAAUAGGCACUAAAUAAAUUGCUGCCAUGGCUAAUUACAAUAUUUGAAUAUCUAAUCAAUAAUCAGAAAUGGUUCUGCACCAAAUGCAGAUUUUUGAUCAGUAAUCAGCAACUGUGGGCACCUGAUAACCGUUUCAUGGGUUGUGGUAGAAAAUGUGGGCCAUUAGCAGGUAAUUACAAUACAAAAUAAAUACAAAGUCCUGCUGUGUGAUUUAGAAUCCACCAGCACGCUCUAACACCUGUGUGUUCACCUCUCUAUACACACAAAAUAAAGGUUAUGCAUACAUACAAAAAAAGGUGGAGUGUAGUUGGUAUUCACAUAUGAUAUCACUGCAAAAGACAAAAAGACAUGGCCAAAGCCUAGUGCAAUUCAGUAAAACUUAGUACAGUAAACAGAUGAGUAACUCUAGAAUAUGGUACUCACAAAUAUGGAGCCUAUAUGCAAGGCUCACCACAGGUGCACGUGGGGAAGUUAGAAGGGACCCCACUCCCUGUUUGAUGCUGUAGAAGUUUUCUUCUUGACCCAAUAAGUUCACUGAAUGUGAUUUCCAAAAAAAUACAUCCCUUUACUAACAGAAGAGAACAAUAUUCUCACAGUACAUACCCUCACAAAUCAGUCCCUCAGAAAAAAGAUAGAAGGAAUGAAUAUGACAACCAUAAGCCAAAAAACACUCACAAAUUAAAUCAUGAAGAUUAUAGAAAAACACCAAGAGUUCAAACAAAUACACAAGACCAAGUAAGAUCACCAAAAGUACAAACUAAACAACUAGACUUCAGAAGCUACAGUAAGGUAGUAAAAGAAGGGCAGUUGCAAACACACAAUCACAACUAUAGAGAUUCUACAAUAAAUAAGACGAGGAGAGAAAGAUCCAAAUCCCCAAUAACAACAAUAAUCCAUUCAACAACACAUAGUCCCCAUUCCUCUCUCGCCAUCAGUAAUCGCCAGAUCCGACCUAGAUCCCACUCUCCCUCCUCAAUGUCUUCAGCACCUUUAGCAUCUUCAUCUUUAUCUUCAUCCCUAUGGUCAACCGACUGAGGUGGUCACAGACAAUCUUACCACAAGAAUCCCCCGCGAAACGACAGAGAACCAGGGAAGAAGACGACGAAACUGAAGAAGAAAAAGAAGAUGAAGAAGAGGAAGAACAGAGAUACCGAGAGAAGAGGAACAAAAGACAAAUAUAGAUGGUAUUUUUAAUCUAACAGAUCAUUCUUUUACUAUUGAAGAAAAGGAAAUUUUAGGAAAGGGUCUUACAUUUGCACCCACCUCUGAUUUUAACAAAUUUGAUUUUUUUUAUAGAUAUCAAUCAUUUUAUCAGACGAUUGUGCCUAAAAAAAAUAUUUUAUGAGCAAAAAGAGCAGGCUGUACCAGAACUAAAUGAGGUAUAUGAACACACAUCACUAAAAGAAAGAUCAACCUUUUUCCCAAAACAUAUGAUCUCAGAUCCAAUUAAAACUUUUGAAACUAUGGUAAUGAAAGAGGCAGAUAAAAUAAAGAAAAUCAACAAGUAUCAAAUUAACUUAUCAGAAAAAGAAAAAAAAUCCUUAGAAAAUUUGAGAAAGAAUAAAAACAUAGUCAUUAAACCAGUGGACAAAAGGGGGGGGGGACUGUUAUUUUCGAUAGGGAGAAAUAUAUUAAAGAAGCCGAGAGACUUCUCUUGGAUGAUAAGACCUACAAAAAACUACUAACAAAUCCAACAGAAAGUAUAAAAGCUAAGUUUAAAAUAUAUAUAGAUAAAGGGAAAGAAUUAAAUAUUCUGAAUGAAAAGGAUGCUAAGUAACUCCAUAUGGACAACCCCCGCAUACCAGUAUUUUAUCAUUUGCCGAAAGUCCAUAAAGACAUUACUAACCCUCCCGGCAGACCUAUAAUAUUGUGUAUUAACUCAAUAUCAUCGAGAGUAUCCGAAUAUAUAGAUGUCUUAUUACAACCAAUAGUAGUUAAGAAUCCAUUUUAUCUGAAAGAUACGAUACACGUGCUACAAAUUUUAGAACAUAUCGAGUGGAAAGAUGGAUAUAUUGUAGUAACGUGUGAUGUCAGCUCUUUAUACAGCAUUAUCACACACGAAAAAGGCAUAGAGGCUGUGAAAUAUUUUUUAGAAAAAUCUCACUUUAAGAAGGAACAAAUUGAUUUUAUUAUAGAGGGGAUUUUACUUAUUUUAACCAAGAAUUUUUUUGGGUUUGAAGAGCAAUUCUUUUUACAGAUCUGUGGUAGCGCUAUGGGCACCAAGUUCGCCCCCAGCUAUGCCAAUCUUUUUAUGGCUUAUCUCCCAGGGGCAUAGCUGGGGGAAGAACUUGGUGGCCUAUCGAAGGUACAUAGAUGAUAUAUUUUUUAUAUGGACAGGCACAUGAACCAAUUUAGCGAUGUUUUUGGAAUUCCUCAAUAGCAACAAUUGGAGAAUACAACUUACGUGCACCCAAAGCCAGUCAGAGAUCAACUUUUUAGAUCUGAACAUCUAUAUUAAAGACUUAUCAAUCAAAACCAAAAACUACUUUAAGCCAGUGGAUAGGAAUAGUUACAUAGAAAGAACCAGUUGCCAUCACGAACCCUGGUUAACCAAUGUCCUUAAAGGCCAGUUCCUAAGAAUUAAGAGAAAUUGCACGGAUGAGAACGAUAGAGCAAGCACAAUACUUAGAACAUCAAUUCAUUGAAAAAGGUUAUGAAAAAGAGAACCUCCUUAAAAAUUUGGAAAGAACUAAAACCUUACCUAGACAACAACUCCUUACAUACAAGCCUAAGAAUAAACCUCAGAGGACUAAUGAUAUACUGUUUAUCUGCAAUUACCACGGGAACAAUAAAAGAGUACAACAAUCCAUACGGAAAUAUUGGCACAUUUUAAAAGAUGACCCCAUAUUAAAUAAAAUCCUACCCUUCCAACCUAAGAUAAUUUUUAGAGGAUCAAAAAACUUAAAAAGAAUGUUAGUUAAAAGUCAUUUAGAAACAGAGAAACUGCAAAAGAAUUUUCUAAAAGAACUCUCAGGAUUUUAUGGUUGUGGGAAUUGCCUUCCGUGUAGGACAACCAAUAGCCAUAAAAGGCAUCUUACCAAUAUGUCAUAUUAUAGGAAGAGAAUACACUAUUAAAGAUCACACAACCUGCCACUCAAAAGGCAUUAUUUACGCCUUGAAAUGUCCGUGUAACCUAUUAUAUAUAGGUAGAACAAGUCGUCCAUUAAACAUCAGAAUUGCGGAACAAAUCCGCAAUAUAAAAAAAGGUCUUGGAUUCUCAACAUUUUAAAACAACCCGCAACCAAAAUCCCAAAGAACUUUUUUUCUGCGUUUUAAAAGUUGUACAAAAAGAUUGGAGAGGAGGGAAUUUUAUUAAUAAAUUGGGCAAAGAAGAGAUGAAAUACAUUUUUAAUUUCAAUACUCUUAUACCAUACGGAUUGAAUUCGGAUUUUGAACUUUGCAAUUUUUUAUGAUUUAAAUUUUUUUUCAUGAUAAAUUAAGAUCUUGAUUUAGAGGUUUUUAGUUUUAAAAUAUUUUCCUUUAAAACUAUUUUCCUUUUAGAUCUUUCCCACUUAAUUUAUAUUUAGAUUAUAGGAUCAAUCUAUUUAACAAUUUAGUAAUUUUUAAUUCUUAUAUUUGUCUUAUGCACACCCAACUAGCACUUGUCACAUUAUAAUUCUGAGCACUAUAUACAGUCUGUACUCAUAUGUUUAAUAUUAUCACCUUUUUCUGUAAGCAUUCACUAUUUAUAAACUGAAAUGCAUUAUAGUUCACUUAUGACACAUUCCUGAUACCUUGUGCUUUAUGUGAACAAAAAGAUAUACAUAACAAUGUUCCCUUUUCUUCUAUUUACCCAUGGAACAUGUAAUGCAUAGCAAUGGAUGUAUUAUGGACAAUAAAGUUUAGUGAAAAUUUGGAACGCGAGCAUGCAUUCCAAAUACGGACUGAUCGUGAUGACAUCAUCACAAAGCGACGCGAGAUACCACGUCAUUGAAAAGAGACGGAAGUAAUCAGUAGAAACUGAUGAUCUGUCAUGGGUGGCGGUAUGGAAACCGGGACCCCUGAGUGCCUAAUGAUAAGUGGGAGUCUUCAGCGUGGAAGUGGAUUAUCAGGGUCUGGUGCAGGGUAACCACAUGCCCUCUGGUGUUGAGCACCAGCGUUUGCAUGGCCACAUACCAGAACCCUGAUGCAGCUACAGCGGAUCCCAGGAACUUGAUAUGUAGACCUCCCAGGAGCUGAAUAGGGAGGCUCUGCAGCAAGAAUGUAUCCAGUACAGAAAACAAGGCAAGGCUAGGAUAGUCACCAAACAUGAAAACAAGACAGAACUAAUAGAACCCAGAACCAGAGAAGGAUAGAAAGCUAAACCCAGAACAUGUACACAAGACAUGAGGGAAACAUGAACAUAACAUGGGCAUGACUGGACAGGACUGUACAUGGACUGGGUAUACAAAAUAAAACAAGACAAGAUAUAAUAGGCAAAACAAGAGGAGAUAGAACUACGCACUAUAUAUGAAAAGUAUGGGGAUUUAGUUACAUUAUAUGAUCAUACAUUGCAUAAGCCUGCCACAACGCCAAUGUACCCCAUAUUCGGCAGGUCAUACACAGCCUAAUGUUCGCUAAAAGAACCAUACUAAACCACAAUAGCACUUACCUGCAAGAAAGGGCAGAGACUUGAAACACUGCUGCAGGUCCAGACUGAAAAAAGGAAAAUGGAAAACAAACGGGUGUAGCAACAUAAAACAAACAUAUACAUGAAUCCAGGAGACUGGGAAUUCCAGGGACGGAUUACAGGAAUGAACCCAGAAAAACCCAGCAUAAAGAAAACCAGAAACAGAACAGAAAACCAGAAAAACCAAGAAAAACUAAACAAGAAAUGUAAAAAGAGUACUGGAUACCAGAAGCAUCACCAGACUGAUCCGCAGAACAUGGCAUGAUGUGACAUAACUCCCCUCUUAAGGAGCGACCUCUGGGCGCGACAAGCAGCUCUCAGGCAGAGACCAGGAAAGAAGCGAGUACCCAGCAACUAAGUCCUCAAGACUUACCGGAGGCAAGGAUACCCCUACACAGCAGGAAAGUAGUUAGCGGCUCACAAUGCCAUUCCGAACCCUUUUACUUCCUUUGGAAAGGUCUCCUGCAAAGGAACCACCAGCCAGGACAGAGAUCCACUCCAGAAUAGGAGCACUGCCACGAAACAGGAACCAAGCAUCACAAGAGAACACCUGAAGCGACCACCAUACAGCUUAGCAGAUCGACCUCCUCCACGACAAAAAUAAGGAAGCCAUCUCCAGCAGACUGGUCCAGAUACAGGAACUCUUGCAUGCCGAAUAACCAACAGGAACUAGAACAAAGAACCAGGAACCAAGCAUCACAAGAAAACACCUGAAGCGACCACCGUACCACUUAGCAGAUCAACCUCCUAGACGACAAAAAUAAGGAAGCCAUCUCCAGCAGACUGGUCCAGAUACAGGAUCUCUUGCAUGCAGAAGAACCAGGCAUGACACGACACAGACAGAACAGGAAAGCUGCAAAGUCCACUCCAUGAACUCCAAGUGCCUACGGCCAUCUGUCACGGGUGACGGUACGGAAGCCGGGACCCCUGAGUGCCUGAUGUUGAUGGGAGUCUCAGCAUGGAAAUGGAUUAGCAGGGUCUGGUGUAGGGUAACCACAUGCCCUCUGGUGUUGAGCACCAGCGUUUGUGCGGCCACAAACCAAUACCCUGAUGCAGAUACAGUGGAUCCCAGGAACUAGGAGCUUGGAAUUAAGCAGACCUGCCAGGAGCUGAAUAGGGAGGCUCUGCAGCAGGAGUGUAUCCAGUACUGAAGCAAGGCAAGACUAGAGAUAAUCACCAAACAUGAAAACAAGACAGAACUAAUAGAACCCAGAACCAGAGCAGGACAGAAAGCAGAACCCAGAACAUGUUCACAAGACAUGAGGAAAACAAGAACAGGGCAGGACAGGACUGUACAUGAACUGGGAUUACAAAAUAAAACAAGACAAGAUAAGAUAGGCAAAAAGAGGAGACAUAACUAAGCACUAUAUAUGAAAAGUAAUGGAAUUUAGUUACAUUAUAUGAUCAUACAUUGCAUAAGCCUGCCACAAUGCCAAUGUAACCCAUAUUUUGCAGGUCCUACACUGCCUAAUGUUCGCUAAAAGAACCAUACUAAACCACAAUAGCACUUACCUGCAAGAAAGGGCAGAAAGCUUGAGUAGCUGCCUGCAGGACAUUGAAACAAAAGGAAUGAUGGAAAACAAACGGGUGUGGCAACAUAAAACAAACAUUUAAAGGAAACCUGGACAUUGGGAAUUCCAGGGACUGAAUACAGGAAUGAACCCAGAAAAACCCAGCAUAAAGAAAACCAGAAAAAACAAGAAAAACUAAACAAGAAAUGUAAAAAGAGUACUGGAUACCAGAAGCAUCACCAGACUGAUCUGUAGAACAAGACAUGAUGUGACAUGAUCGGAGUCAGCAAUUGAGAAGAAGCAUAUAUAAACGAACGGACAAGAGGAAAGAACCAAGAAGCAACUGAGUUGUUUAGUUUAUUAAAUGAAAGUGAGACUGGAACGUGAAUUCACAAUGAAUUUAAAAUUUUACACUAAAGCAGCCAAUAUAGAAUUUUUCACAUUAGCUUUAUUUUCUGAUCAUAUACUUUGCCUUUAAAGUUUAAUACAUUUUGAAUUACAGACAACUCACACUUUAGUGAAUGCCACUGACAGACUUAAAGUGACACUGUAGGCAGUACAUAGAUCUGCAGUGAAGUGGAGGGACCAAGAGGAAGCCGGAGUGUGGAAAGAUAUGGUGGCAAGCACCUACUGUUGUUGCAGUGCCCGUCACUAUGUGGAUUUCCAUUUGUUUUCCUAAUGGGCUCGGCGGAACAUAUGGACACAGGGACCAUAUUUUACUCAAAAAAGGGCAAGAAAUAUUGUAUUUUAAGGCAGGCAUUUAAUUGCUGAAACGUACUUGCUUUAAUAUAUCUUCACAUAGUUUGGGGAGAUGGUGAAUUUCAGUUUUUUUUGUUUUUUUUUACAGUGAAUUACAGAUAUAGUGAGUUACUAAUAAUUAAAAGGACAUAAAAACACACACAAAACAACCCAGACAAAUCUCAAUGGUGUAAGUGUUGAAAAAAAAUAUAUAGGUUAAUAUUUUUCUUCUAUUAUUGCAACAAACAAUGGUGGGAUGCUGACCCUAUGCACGAGCCUCCACUGGUUGCUAUACUACUGGGCCAUUUUGGGGAGCUACCCAUGCAAACACAAAGUUGUCAGCCAACUAUAAUAUAUAUAUAUGUUGCAUUUCCUUUUAAAUACAGUUGCAAGAAAAAGUAUGUGAACCCUUUGGAAUGAUAUGGAUUUCUGCACAAAUUGGUCAUAAAAUGUGAUCUGAUCAUCAUCUAAGUCACAACAAUAGACAAUCACAGUCUGCUUAAACUAAUAACACACAAAGAAUGAAAUGUUGCCAUGUUUUUAUUGAACACACCAUGUAAACAUUCACAGUGCAGGUGGAAAAGUAUGUGAACCCCUAGAUUAAUGACAUCUCCAAGAGCUAAUUGGAGUUAGAUGUCCAGGGCAUUCGCGGCUAAGUCUCCUUGAAGUCUAUUUGCGGUUUUGGUCCAUUCGAACAAGAUGGCCGCCACCUUGUGGUCAUCCAUAGGAAUUGCGGCCACCCAGACGAACACUUAGACCACUGUGGUGGAACUUGCAACAAUGUAUAAAAUUAAUGGAGAGCAAAAAAACAGGGCGCAAGAGUAUACUGAGAAUGAACAGGCAGCAGCUGAAAUAUCCUACCCUUCGGUGGGUCCCCGCUCAGAUUUCAAGCUGGUUUUAGCUCAUCUUGUGCCGUUACAGAGAGAACAUCUCAGAAACAUAUCAGACUGGUCCCACCCAUACAGGCAAUCCAGAUCUGAAAUGCCAGCAAGUUCCCUCUGCAGAAGAGACACAGCAACCCCAGACGAUCGUUUCCACCUUGUGUUUCACAAAGUGAUUUUACCUAAAUCAUUUGCCAUUUGGCUUAUCCCUCCUGGAAGGGUUGAUGUUCCAGGAGGGAUAAGCCAAAUGGCAAAUGAUUUAAGUAAACUAGAAAAAUGGUCAGAGUUGUGGGAACUGACAUUUAAUGUGGAUAAGUGCAAGAUAAUGCAUCUUGGAUGUAAAAACCCAAGGGCAGAGUACAGAAUAUUUGAUAGAGUCCUAACCUUAACAUCUGAGGAAAGUGAUUUAGGGGUGAUUAUUUCUGAUGACUUAAAGGUAGGUAGACAAUGUAAUGGAGCAGCAGGAAAUGCUAGCAGAAUGCUUUUUUGUAUAGGGAGAUGUAUUAGCAGUAGAAAGAGGGAAGUUGUGGCAAACCUAGCCACUUUAGAUUGUGCGGUUAUAUGCCUAAAGGUUGUCCUAGAAAGCUGGUCCAAUUCUGUUAGGUUCUGUAUUUACUUGUAACUGUAAUAGAGAGCAUUCGUAUGCUAGCAGCCGAAAGCCGCUAGCAUUCGUAUGCUAGCAGCCAAAAGCCGCUAGCAUUCAUAUGGUAGUUUCACGAACAGUGACUUUCCACACCGUUCGUGAAACGAAUAAAGUACCGAAUGGGAGCCCACACACAGGGGGUCGUGUGGCUCCCAUUAACCGAUUGCAACAUUGUAGCAAUCGGCUGCUAAUUGAUUUCCCGGGUGGCCGUCGUUCGGCUACCGACCACAAGGCGGCCAUCUUGGCAGACUAGAUGUAUUUUAGCCAGGUCUAUUGCAGGGGCCGUAGUCACAGGGUAGGAGGCUGGAAAACAGGCCCCUCCAAAAACCAGUGGCGAAUUUACUUUCGCCACACUAUUGAAGUGACCACAGGAAAGCAUACAUUUAAAGAAACUCUCAUAAGCAAUUUAACUAGUAAGCAUUGCAGUUGGCAUUUUCAUAUCUUGUGUUUGACAAAGUAGUUGGCUUAACAGUAACACAGUAUGGCCACACAGUUUAACCUAAUCCCCUUAUUUGUUAGCUAAGAUACGUGAUUUUUAAGUAUCCUUGUAAGAUUAAAAAAAAAAAAGGUACAUUUUUUUUUGUGGUUGGAAAUAUCCCUGACUCCGGUAAGUCACUGUCUGGCUCUGAUGAGACUUCCUGUGCCCCCCUGCCUCUUUAUCCUUGCACAGCAGUGUCGAACUACCGACAGUCUGCCAGCAUAGUCUCCAUGCCUGCCACAACCUAAUGCUCUGUGGUUGCCCCGUGGUAUUCCUGUUCAUUGCUCCCACCUCUGAUGCUCGCAUUCAAGACUUCUCUAGGGCUGAACUGUUCCUGAGGAACUUCCUUCCCUUUUCCGUUAUACACUCACCCAGUCUCCACUCUUUCAAAACAUUAUUAUAAACUCACUUUUUCACAAAAGCGUAUUAAUGAAACCAUUAAUGGCUAAAAAAAAAACCACACACACACUAAGUCUACAUUGAAUACUAUUCUACCAAUCUACUUCCCUAAUACUUCCCCUACCUUUUGUAUAAUUUUACCCUACUCCCUCUACAGGGGUCAAGUCCUGGGGAAAAAAAAGUGUGGGAACUCACCCAAGAUCCAGCCCCUCUCCCCACCCCCAAUUAAAAAUAAAUAAAUUAUACACUCGUAUGCAUAUAUAAAUGCGUGCACACACUCAGGCACACACAGACACACACAUACACUCACAGACUCACACACACACCCACAUACUCAGGCACUCACAGAUCGUCAGACACUCACACACACACACACACACACACUCACUGAGACACACAUACUCAGACACUCACACACAGAUACACAAACAGACACACAUACUCAGACACUCACACAUACUCAGACACUCACAGACACACACACAGACACACUCAAAUUAUUUAUAUUUGUAACAUUUACAAAUGUCCACCCGCCUCCCUACCUGGAAAGCUGGCAUGGACCUGUCCCUAGGGUCCUGUGGGGCUUCAGUGAGGCGGGCGGCUGUCUACCGGUCAGACGCAGUGAGGGAGCUGUGUGUUCUCCCAGCUCUGCUCCCUGAAGCCGUGCGGGCUGUCUACUGAUUCCGGGAGACAGAAUAUUCCGGCUCCCGGCAUCAGCAAAUGGUGCGAGAGGGAGCAGAGCUGGGAGAACACAGCUCCCUCGCCAUAUUUGACCGGUAGACAGCUGCCCACUGGGGAAGGGUUCAUCAGGUGGGCCCCCCCCAUGACAAGGGGAACACGGGAGCAUUUGAGGGCGGCAUUUUAUGCCACACCCUGCUUAGUGCCUGCAGGGGGAACGGCGUUUCUGUUGUGAAAAACGCAGUUCCCACGCAUUUCUGCAGGACUCAAGCCCUGUCCCUCUAGCACAGGGGUAGUCAACCUUUUUCUACCUACCGCCCACUAAUGCAUCUUUCUUGAUGGAAAAAUUUCCUUACCGCCCACCGGUUUUCGCACAAGUGCGGAAUAUUUUUUUGCAAAAAAAAUGUUUGUUCAUUCAUCUUUUUAUUUCUACUUUAUGCAUGUUUAUAAUGUUUUAACUUUAUAAAGUUUAAUGAGAAAACAAUAAAGUAAAUUGAAAUUACCUUUACUAGUGAUUAAUGAGAUCCUUGAGGCUGAUGCUGCGAGACUAAAUAUUUGAUAUCUGGUUCGAUUUUUGUAAUGAACAAACGAAGGUCUCCUCUUUCGGUGAUAUUCAGAUGAUUUCUCUGUUUGCUUUUUCUAUUUUCCUUCUUUCUCCUUUUUUACAAGUACUCUGCUCCUUCUUUCUCCUAUUCUACAAGUACUCUGCUCCUUCUUUCUCCUAUUCUUCAAGUACUCUGCUCCUUCUUUCUCCGAUAUUCAAAGUACUCCACUCCCUGCUAUUGUGUAUCCCCCUACCUACUCCAACUCCUCCCCUUCCUCUACUCGCGUGUUACACUUGUUCACAAGCACACACAUUCGUAUGUGCGUACACGUGCGCAAUAUGGGUGCACAUGUGCAUUCAGGCACACAUGCUUGCGCUUCCCGUGUGCGAGUGUUCUGCAACCUCACACUUAGUGCGCGAGAGAUGAACAGAGCGUUCAUGGAUGGAGGGAGGAUUCUGCUACCGCCCACCUGGAAUUCCAAAACGCCCACUGGUGGGCAGUAGGGACCAGGUUGACGACCCCCGCUCUAGCAUUUAAGCUCAUUGAGCAGGGCCCUCAACCCCUCUGUUCCUGUGCAUCAAACUUGUUUGGUUACAAUUACAUGUUUGUUAGUCCACCCAUGGUAAGGCGCUACGGAAUUUGUUGGCGCUAUAUAAAUAUAAUAAUAAUAAUAAUAAUAUACAGUGAUGCUAUAAAUAUACAUUCAAAAUAUAAGAUGCAGGCAGUUUUUUAUAUUCCCAUAUUCCGAGAAAUAUGGUAGUUAAUCAUUAUGUGCUAAUUCUGUAUUGCCAGAAUAUCUGAGUGCAUAAAAACUAGGUGCAUGUCAGCAGUGGACAACCAGUAGUAAUCAUAUUUUACAGGAAGAAAGAUAUAAAGAUAUUUAUAUUACCACCAAACAGCAUGUAGGAGUAUUCAGUAAAACAUCUGAAAGGGACACUGGAUUGAUGUACUAUACAACAAGCAACAUUUACUAUAUACAAAAGUUGUAAAAAAUAAAUAAAUAGAUAAUUGGAACAUUUUGUAAAUUGCAAGUAGAUACAGAAAGAAAGAGGAGUAAAAGGGAACUGUAAGUUGGGUAGAGUCAAAUAUAUGAAAUCCUCACAAACCAUGAGAUAUCAGCAUAUUUCAGUUUCAUAACUCCAACAGCAUACAAGAGGGUACAGAAAAACCUCACGGCACCGCCAGCUCUCAACAUUAUGUUCACUUCCACUAAGGGCGUAUGGUGAUACCCAAGCACAAGUAUGCUUGAAUGAUAUGCAACUUCAGACUAAUGUGGUACAUAGACACGACCGGCGAAAGGUCAGAACUGUGAGCCCUUGUAUCGAGACGCUAUUUUAACGGUUACUAAUGUUGUCUACUACUUUGUUAUGAUUCAAUGUUUGCAGCGCUACAACACUAUUCUAUUUUGUAGAAAAAUAAAAAAUAAAAUGAAGAUUGUAAAAAAAAAAAAAAAAAAAAACCUCACUGGGUUAUUAACUACAGUGAGAAUUCAAAGUGAAUUUUAAAUUUAAGGCCAAAGUAGCCCAACUACUGAUUUCUAUGAUGUUUCCAGGUGGCUAUUUUGACCUUACAUUUUAAAUUCACUUUGAAUUCUCUCUUAAGUGAAUAACCCUGUCAGUCUAUGAAAGCUCAGACCAUGAUCAGAGCCUAGAGAAACCAAUCUGGAAAAGAAAUAGACAGGGGAGCAAGAGAAGAAGCAAAUUAAGAAGUUGUAGAAUUAAAAUAGUAUAUACGAGUAGUGGAAGAAGGUGAAGAGAGAGAGGAUUUUAUAGAGGCAGUUCUCUGAAAACCACAAAUAUAUAUUAUUUGAUCUUUUUGCUAUAAUAUAUGAUUCUCAGAGUUCGCACAAAGUAACAUAUACCAUUAUCAGUUAUUACACUAACACUUGAUUUCAUGGUAGAUUGCUCUUAAGGCACACCCAACAGCCCAGGUGUUGUCAGUAUUCCCAGAGGAACAAGGAAAUGCUUAAAUCCUAGACCUGUUAUUUAGACCUUUGAGGUUUGAAAACCAUUAGACCUAGAAUUCAAUAGCCUUGCCUUAUUUUUCUUUUACUUUGUAUUAUACUCACUCAUACGGAGUGUGUCCUUGCAUCCCACAAACAUCUCCCGCCUCAACUACAGGAAACCUUCCUUACUGGUCAAUCCCAGAUUGACCUCUCCGCUCAGGAAAAGACCUGCACCAGCCUUCUGUUCAUAUUCACAUCUCAAAGUUGCACUUUUAAGAAUUGUGUGCAACAACGAAAAACAAAUUCUCUCUUUUGUUUGUAUUCGUUAAUUUUCAAACUAUAACUAUGAUAACGCUAACAAUAUUUAAUACAUCGUUAAUCAUGGGGAUUCAAUUUUAUUUUUAUUUCAUUCUUUUAGAACACGAACAUGUUAAAUAAUAAAUGAUCUAAGAGGAAGAGGAAGUUCUUUCUUUACCAGAAAGUCUUUUGUAUAAUUAGCUAAAGCAAACCCAAAAAAACACUUUGUUGUAGUUCCUCAAAAAAUUAAAAUAUCUGCUUCCUCUUUUAUUAAUGGUAAUUCAUAGAUGUACACCCUGAGAAGAUGUGAAAUCUUGCCAUAACAGUAUAAACUAACAGGGCUAGUUACCGAAGUGAGGUGAAGCAGUUCGGCUAUUUUGACUUUAAAUUCACCUUGAGUUCUCACAGUAGGGAAUAACCCUAUAAAAAAACUAAAAAAAAAACACCUCUUAGAGUGACAUACAACAAGCUAGCAGUUAGUGACCCCAGCCAGACUGGUGCAAGCCAAUAACACCAGGGAUGUAAGUUGGAAUGUUCUAAUGCUUCCAAACUAUUUUGUGGGACAUUCUAGUACUGGGUUGCUACUUUGGUGUCCCACUUCUGGAGGUAUUGGAGACAAGUUUAGUAAAAGCACAGAGUAUGUGUUUCAAUAAAUGCACUUGCACUACACUAAACGAACACAGUAUAUUCUGCCCGUGUGAGAGCAGUUCAGUAACACUAUGAGCAUUGGCAUCCAUCAGAGUGGGACUGUCCACAAGGGCUUUUGCCCACUUUGUUUCAAAUCCCCACUCUGUCCUGAGAGGCAAACUCUUAAAAUAAUAAUAAUGAUAAUAAUAAUAAAAACAAAUAAACCAGGAGGCUAGGAAAGCACGUUAUAAAAUUUAUUUUCAAACUAGCUCUCAUUCUUCCUGAUGAUCAAGGUGUUGGCUAAAUUCCCAUCAAAACAGAUUUUGGGAACAUGCAAAAUCCUGAUAUGUUGGUACUCCAUAAGGACUGAAUUUGGAACCACAACGGUAAAAUGCUAUUUUAUGCAUUUAUUAUUAUUAUUUUUUAUAGGGGCGGAAAGAGGUCUAAAAUUAAAUUUCUCUCUCCAAUUCCGACAAUUGUUAUUGCAUUACAUUUCAUAUUUAUUGUAACAAGGGUGAAUUUACACCAUGGGUGACUUGGUUGUGUCUAGAGUGUGACAGCUUUCAGUUUUUUUGCUUAAUGCGAGGACUACAGUGAUCACCACUCUUUGGAUCUCUAACUUUAAGAUCUAGCAAAAUCCAUCCUCUAUAACAGUAACAACAAAUUUGCCCAACUACUACUAUUGGAAGACCAAAACUGGAGUCUCGUUUUGAAAGGGCAAUGCCACCACAAACUACUAUAUAGAAUAAUCUUUAAACAUUAUUAUUGCUAUAGAUAAUAUAUUUCUAGAAGGCCUCGGUAAGGUAAUACGAUAUAUCAUAUAUAUGCUUUGUCAAAUUUCUGGGAGUGAGAAACAUGUCUGUAUACCCUCUAACAAUGGAUAACAGAGGAGGAACAUUGAUAUAAUAUACAUACCAGUCAUUAUCAUUUUAUCCCACACCACAACUUUCUUUGCUCUUUGCUAUAGGUAAGAGGAACUAUAUCAAAACUUCUGCCCUUCUUCAUGAGUUGCUCUGUUUAUUUUGUACUAUGGAUUCCACUCUCUGAGCCCAGCCUGUACAGUGCUCUUAUCAAGUGCUUACCAAUCAUCAGCCUGGAGUUCUUUAUUUUGGUCCAUUCCCUUGGUGGAGGAACGUUCAACUCUUAUGCCCGAAAAAUUUUAUUGGGCCUCAUCUUUUCAGCCCUCGGUGAUAUGUGCUUGAUUUGGCAAGACUACUUCCUCUAUGGUAAGAAUGAAAAGAGAUCAAUAGCAAUUGUUCCACAAUUAAAAUUAUUACCUAUUCACGGUAUACUUUAUGCAAAUACAAGGUUCUAUGCUGAUAAUUCAGUAUUUCUUGGAUAAACUGGACUGCCUAUAAUGACUAAUUGCUGGCCUUGUAUUCUAAAUAAAAUAAAACAUGUUUUUUCCCCACACAAGGUGAUGGUGUGCCAUAUUUAUAUGGCAGGGGCACAUUGUUCCCUAGGGGUAUCAUCUUUGAUUGAUGUUAAUCAUUAUUCCUCUUCAUGUAUUUAUCCUGCCUCUGUUGAAACUCAAUAUACUUGAUUGAUAUCAUCUUCAAAAGCAGGUAUCAGAACAAGGGAGGUUAACAAGUGAUCAGGCAAAUAUUUACAGGAACAUUAUAAUACAUACAAAGCUGUAUUCCUAACAUUAAAGAGUCAGUCUGACUCCUCCUCCGUGGAAUUUAAAGUUUUAAAAACCCUUUAAACACUUAACUGCUUCAAACACUAAAACCCCUCGACUCUGGCACUGCCUCUGCUUCCUCCAAUGUCAGCGCCUAGGGGAAACCUAAUGCGCAUGCUGUUUUACUCUGUGAAACAUUAGGAAGCAUCGCUAGUGGCUGUCUGGUAGAGGCAGUUUUAACCCUGCAGUAUAAAAAAUGCAGUUUCUCUGAAACUGCAGUGUAUUAGAUUGCAAGGCUAAGGGGGAAAGGGACACUGCACACAGAUCAUGUCAAUGAUAUGACGUGGUCUAUGUGCCUAUAGUAUCCCUUUAAGUAAUCAUUAAAAAAAAAGUGUAUUUGUUCUGAGGUAAAAUUAACAUUACUUACUAAAUCCUUUUUACUCACAACAACAACAACAUUAUACUAUUUGAAAACUAUUUGAGUGUGGCUUUAGCUAUGCUGAAUUGGUCCCUAAGCAACUUUCAAGAAUAAACACUUACCACAAAAUUAUCACAUAUUUAGUCCAUUUCCUGUAGAUGCCUUAUGAGUUCAUUAAACUACUAUUGGGUGGUGAGUUUAGGCCACAAUUAUACUAGUUGGGACAAUUCUCAAAUUAGAUCAGCUAGAAUGCUAAACUCACUGUUUAGUUAAAAGUCCUCACAACGGACAGAUGGAUCUUGAAAAGGAAGUUUUUCUGUAUUGGGCAACAUUGGAUGACACGAUCAUCCUGUUCAAAAUUCUGGCUUGUAUUUUUUUAUUAUUGUUUUCGUGCCAAACAUAUUUUAUGAUUGUAACUCACCUUACAUGUCUCAGUCCACAAUGCCUGUACUGAGUCCAAGCCUCUAACAUUAAGAGUUUUUUUUUCAUGUUUGUUGAGAAUAUCUGUCCAAAUAAAUUCUUUAAUAUCUAUUUACAUGUACACAUGUUUAUUUCUUUUUCAGGCAUGGUAAUGUUUGGAUUGGCCCAUCUGAUGUACACAAUUGCCUUCGGCCUACGUCCACUAAACGUCCGCGUCUUUAUUGUUUUUGCUAUAUUUAGUGUCACAUUUUACUCUGUUAUUUUUCCAUACUUACAUGGACCUUUCGUUUAUAUGGUGGCUGGAUACAUAUCACUAAUAGGCACUAUGGCAUGGAGAGCCAUGGCUAGAGUCAGCCUGGCAUCUCACAACUUCUCCUGGACAUACUUGUCAGCUGCACUUGGCUCUUUACUUUUUAUGGUGUCUGAUGGUGUCUUGGCCGUUGAUAAAUUUUGUUUUCCCAUCUCAAACUCCCGCACUAUUAUAAUGGUGACUUACUAUGGUGCUCAGGCGUUAAUAGCAUUAUCUAUCACUGGAAACUCUCAGGAUGAUUUUAUGUGGAAGAGUAGAUAACAAAAAAUAUAGACAUUUAAAUUCAGGUAUACAGCGUACAUUAACAUGAUUGUUUUUAAAUCACAUGCUAUGAACUUAGUGGAGUGCUCUAAAAGGACAUAAUUCAACGCUGCAACAAUGUGAACAAUUUGUGCCCCAAGCAUCUACUUUACAAGCAAGUCUAUAAACCAAAAUGGUGUCGGAGAUGCUUCAAACUUAGACAAUGAAUCUGCUUGGAGUGUUCUGUAUGACAAAAAAAUAUCUAUCAAGUCUGUAUUAAUAGAAAAUGUACAUUUGCGCUAGAAGGCCUGAAUUUCAGUUAGUGGCAAUAGGUGAGGUAACAAAAUGGAAGUCAAAUACUUUAAGAUUGCUGGAGAUUUUACUGCUACACAUACAUUAAAGAAAAGCUCAGUUUGAUCAUGCAGAGAAGCUUAAUGGUCUCUCAAGAGCACAUUUCAGAACAAGAGAUUUAUCCAAAUCCACUAAACUGGAAAUUGUGGAGAAAUGGAAAGAGAAUUGCAAAUUAAAGGCCAAAGCAGCUAAGAUGGAAACAUUCUCCAAAUUAACGAAUUUAUCCAAAAUAGCUAUUUGUAACUCCCUGGUCAUCUUCCCACGAAUUACGGUUUGGUGACUAGCUGUAUCAAACUAUAGUUCUGAGUGAAGUGUUAUUUUUCUCAUAGCUGACCCUCACCUGGUUAACUGCUGUCGCAGCCAUAGGGAUAUUUACUCCUCCAUGUCUUCAUUAAGUGCAUGGUUAUAUGGAGUUUGAUAGUUACCACAAAUAAGAAUACCCACUGCACACCAAGUAGCAUAAAUACAAUAACACCUUAUUAAUUGAUCCAUAGGCACAACAAUACUCAUAUGUAACUACAUAAUAUCCUUUUGAAAAAUUCAUAUAGUCCAAGAGGAAUUGUAAGUAUAAACACAGGUAAUUAACAGCAGUUAAAAAAAAAAAGCAAAUCAAAAGUAAAUGAUCUGUACCAAUAGGGUGACCUCAAGUGAUAGUAGUGUGGGACUGGAGCUAGGGUAACAAGUCACCCAACGUUUCGGUCUUGUGGGCCUUUGUCAAAAGGUAAAAACAUAUUGUGUUUGUUACUAUGCAGAGAUUGGCUGGCUUAAUUAAUGAACUGGGGGCUGGUGGCAAUCAAGCAGGGAACUCCAAAUUUUAGACCAAUAUAAAUAUUUAUAGAAAAUAAAUUCUCCAAUCCUUUCGAGUGUCCGGUUAGGCCAAUGGUCCUCAAACUCCGGCCCCCCAGAUGUUGCUGAACUACAACUCCCAUGAUUCUCUGGCUAUCUAUGUAAUUCAAAGAAUCAUGGGAGUUGUAAUUCAGCAACAUCUGGGGGGCCGGAGUUUGAGGACCCCUGAGUUAGGCUGUUUUAAGUAACAUUUGAUUGACAAUUUCCUGACUAGUGAAUAACCUUGUCUGUGUUUCACCUAAUUUUAUAAAAUAUAUUUUAUUCCAAACACACAUUUCACUUUCUUCAUCUCUGAGACAUAUUCAUAAUUCAUCCCCUUCCAAUAAACUCUGAAAAUUAGAGAUGUUUUUUUCCCUAAUGCGAUUUUGUAAGUCAGCUGUAAACUCGCAUAGAGUUGCCAUUAUUUCCCGGUAUUUAUGGCCAGUAAAAAUUCCUCCUCAUCCCGGUUGAUAAUGUAAUGACUUCAUGUCAUGAAAAUGACUGUAACCUGUAAUAAAACAUGCAAAACACUUCCUCUUCCACUUAUGAUCAUUAAAGGAAAAACCAC